AUGGCGGUCAGGCAGCAAAGCAUACCGGCUGCAUUUGAAAUACGCUUCACAGACGCUUCAGUAGAGGUACACGAAAUAGGGAAUGAUGCAAUCCCAGAACCAUUCAAGAAACGUGAUAAAAUACCGCGUAAUUCGGGAUCUUUUGUUUCACCCGAGAGACUAUCGGGUGCGGAUGCGCAGUCUCAGCCAACAGUUCAAAAGUGGACUAAACAUCAUUUUGGUGAGAAUCCCAUAAACGCUCCUCAGAAAAACGGCAUUUUCCCUGGACAAAAAGGACGACAAAACGUUAUAAACAGAAAGCUUAGUGAGAACAAUUCUGUUGAUGAGAAUACAAUGAUGACAGACGUUCAGAAAGAAAAGGCAUCAAACAUUUCAAACUCGAAUCGCUUGUCACGUUCUAAGCGCACGCAUUCAUCUAGCGAGUCACUUUCCGACCAUCAGGUGGUUCCGAAUAACAAAGUACCAAAGCAUAAGAGCAACACGUCUGCAAAAACCAUAUCAAAAACACAACCUUUAUCGUCACCGCGAAGAUAUUCAUCAGAUUCAAAACUCCGACCAAAUUCUGGACUUUCAACACCUCCAACGACACCCCCUCCAACACCUCUCAAUAACGCUACUGUGCCUGAUAACCGCACAUCCAUCGACACUAGUGCACCAAGUACACCGUCAUCCUUUACGACAACAAAAAGCAAACCGCAGCUCAAACUUUCUUCCUCUCCACCCAUAAUCACACCAUUCUCGGCCGACUUUUCGGAAACACCCAUCGAGGAAUAUCCACCGUCGACAACUCCUACGAUUCCCCAUGAUGAAGUCAUAAUACCGACAGUUGCGAAGAAGCUCCGCAAGGCACGUCAAUUCAGCGAAAACGGAUACACAGACAUUACGGAUCAAGUGGAAAACCUCUUUAGUAACCCAUCUUCCCCCCCCGGCCGAAUGCACGCCGCCAAGGAUCCACUCCGACAACACGAAAACGGCCGAAUAGCAGAUACAGGUCUGGAUCCGGUCGACAAACGUGACCAAGAGCAUGAGAAGGCACAGGAUAAUGUAAGUUUUACCAUGUAUAAACCAGUCGAUAAUGAAAAUGUAGUAGAUGAAAGCGAUAGUGAAGCCAAUAGGCUUCGAAAGGGGCGAAGGGCUAGGAGGGAAGAAUGGGUUAUGGUUGUCAGGGAUGAAGAUGAAGAGAGUACUGAGCAAACAAGUCAAACGGAUAUGGUGGAAGCCCAAUGGUAUGAUACUCCAGCAUCAACCAAGUCACCUGGAACAGGCUCGUCAAAUUAUAAUGAGAAGGAUGUGAAUGCUGAUAUGGGAAUAUUGGGGUUUAUUGGGAGAUCAGAUUCAUCAUAUACUGGUACUAUGCGAGAAAGUGUAUUUUUUAUCGGUAGAAUAGUGUGA